UAAUGAUCAAACUACUAGAUCAACAAAUCAGUGAAAUAAAACCCUAAUAUCGGAGAUCAGAUCGGACGUCGCACAAUCUCCCAGACUCGAACGAUUUCGCCGGAUAUCCGGCACCACCAAUCGUGGCUCCGUCAGGGCAACACCAACAGAGCCUCUCUCGAAGGAAACCCCAUUCUUCAUCUUCUUCUUCGUCGUCGUCACAUCAAACCCUAAUUUCGGGUCCGACUCGAAUUGUCUAUAGAGAAGCUUUGAGCUCGUCGUCCGAAUCGGAUCUGAACCUUCCCUUCUGGCAACGGACCUGGUUCAUAGUGCUCCUCCUCUUCAUGGCUUUCUCUUUCUUCGCCCUCGCUAUCUUUCUCUUCCUCACUCUCGACUCCGAUUACACCUCCUCUCCUGUCUACGCUGCUCCUUCUGAAGGUGUAGAGAUUACUUAUGGGUCAGUCAUUAAGCUGAUGCAUGAAAGGACCAGAUUUAGGUUGCAUUCUCACGAUGUGCCAUAUGGGUCCGGCAGUGGUCAGCAGUCGGUUACUGGUUUCCCUAAUGUUGAUGAUGCCAAUAGCUACUGGAUCGUUAGGCCUGUGCUAGAUUCCUCUGCAACACAAGGGGACACUAUUAAAAGUGGAACGGUACUUAGGUUGCAACAUAUGAGGACUCGUAAAUGGCUGCAUAGCCACUUGCAUGCAUCCCCGAUUUCAGGCAACUUGGAGGUGAGUUGCUUUGGAGGGGAAGGUGAAUCAGAUACUGGAGAUUAUUGGAGGCUUGAAAUUGAGGGUAGUGGAAAAAAUUGGAGGCAAGAUCAAAGAAUCAGGCUUCGUCAUGUCGACACUGGUGGUUACCUACACAGUCAUGACAAGAAAUAUACUCGUAUUGCCGGAGGUCAGCAAGAGGUUUGUGGUGUCCGUGACAAGCGUGCUGAUAAUGUUUGGUUGGCGGCAGAGGGUGUGUACCUCCCAAUUGCUGGAAGCAAGUAAGAGUUGACAAGAUCUUGUGAUCCAUGAAAACUAGUGCAUAUGUUUUUCCACUACGUUGAUGGUUGGUGCUGGUGAACUUCAUUGUACUAGUUCUAAUAUGCUAAGAAUCUAAGCAUUCUUCAGCAAAAUGAAUAUUGAAUUUUCGACAUAGUGACAGGCUAAUCAUCUUUUCUUGACUUAUUUGUUACAAAUGUUCAAGCUCUGACUCAUUUAGUAGUCUAUAAUGAUUUUAUACUAUAAAGUUACCUAUCUAGAUUUCAA